CAGUGUCAGUGACAGGACCGACCGGUGAAUGAACUACUCUAACGUUACACGCACAACGUGUGUGAACUGCCUUUCUUGUAUGUCCACUGAAUACCAGUGAGCUAAUCAAUACCAAACAUUUGUAAAGAAAGUAAACGAUAUGGCGAACGAUCUGCCAACCACGGGGAACAUUAGCUUGGACGAUGCUUUAAAACAAUGGCUGCAAUUUGACAAGAACCCAAAGACCAUUGCUGCCGUCAGGGGCCUGCUAAAAGAGGGGGCUGUUUCAGAGCUCCAGACAUGCUUUGGGGCCCGGAUGGAGUUCGGCACGGCUGGCCUGAGGGCCCCCAUGGGACCUGGUGUCUCCCGCAUGAAUGACCUCACCAUCAUCCAGACCACUCAGGGAUUCUGCAGCUAUCUGGAGGGAAGUCUUCCAGACCUGAAGGAGAAGGGCGUAGUAAUAGGGUUCGAUGCCCGCGCUCAUCCCCCAAGUGGUGGCAGUAGCAAGAGGUUUGCCUCUCUCGCUGCUACGGUUUUCAUCAACAGAGGAGUGCCCGUUUACCUGUUUUCUGACAUAACACCCACACCUUUUGUGCCAUUCACCGUGUCUCAUCUCGGUCUUUGUGCUGGCAUCAUGGUGACGGCCUCCCACAACCCCAAGCAGGAUAAUGGCUACAAGGUGUACUGGAAUAAUGGUGCCCAGAUCAUCCCACCCCAUGAUAAGGGAAUCGCCACUGCAAUAGAAAAGAACUUGGAGCCAUGGCCCAAGUCCUGGGACACAGAAGAGGCUAUGAAGAACCCAUUACUAAAAGAUCCUUACCAGGACAUCCACAGCGAGUAUUUCAGUGCAAUACAGAAACACUGCUUUCACAGAGAAAUCAAUGGAAAGUCAGAGGUGAAGAUUGUGCAUACCUCAGUGCAUGGUGUUGGCCACACAUUUGUGCAGGCAGCCUUUAAGGCAUUUGACCUUCAACCUCCAUUUGCAGUUCAGGAGCAAAAGGAUCCAGACCCGGAGUUCCCCACUGUCAAAUACCCCAACCCAGAGGAAGGAGAAGGAGUUUUAACUCUGUCGUUUGCUCUAGCUGACAAGGAGGGUGCCACCGUUGUGCUGGCUAAUGACCCUGAUGCAGAUCGCCUGGCUGUGGCCGAGAAGCAGACAAGUGGCCAGUGGAGAGUUUUUUCAGGGAAUGAGCUGGGAGCUCUUUUGGGCUGGUGGGUUUUUCAGUGCUGGAAGAAACAACAGAAUGCAGACCAAUUGAAAGAGACCGUGAAGGAUGUCUACAUGCUGGCCAGCACAGUUUCCUCUAAGAUUCUACGAGCCAUCGCCAUAAAAGAAGGCUUCCAUUUUGAGGAGACCCUCACCGGAUUUAAAUGGAUGGGGAACAGAGCAAAGGAGCUGCUGGAGCAGGGGAAAACAGUGCUUUUUGCAUUUGAAGAGGCUAUAGGGUAUAUGUGCAGCCCUGCAGUGCUCGAUAAAGAUGGCGUGAGUGCAGCAGCCAUCGCAGGAGAGUUCAUCUCCUACCUGGCAACCCAGAACACCACACUCUCUCAACAGCUCAAGGCUAUCUAUGAGGAGUAUGGUUAUCACAUCACCAAAAACUCUUACUUCAUCUGCCAUGAUCAGAACACUAUUCGUCAGCUUUUUGAGCGGCUGAGAAACUUCAGUGGACCCAAGACAUAUCCUAAGGAAUGUGGAGACGUAUCUGUCACGGCAGUGCGAGACCUGACCACAGGGUUUGACAGUAACCAGCCCAACAACACCGCUGUUCUGCCCACCAGUAAGAGCAGUCAGAUGGUCACGUUCACGUUUGCUAACGGUGGGGUGGCCACCAUCCGCACCAGUGGAACUGAACCCAAGAUCAAAUACUACACUGAGCUGUGUGCUGCUCCAGGGAAUAGUGAUCUGGCACAGCUAAAGGCAGAGCUGGAUAGACUUGUUGAUGCCAUCGUAGAGAACUUCUUCCAGCCCAAGAAGAACAACCUGAUCCCACGGUCAGACUGAGGAUUAAAAGAGCAAAUCACAAAGGACUGUAAUGUUGUUAACAUUGCCCUGCCAUUCUGCUACAUUUACACCACUAAGAAAAUAAAAAAUAAAUAAAAAAAAAUAAUAAUCACAAAAUCACCCACUUUAACAGUACACCAGUGGUUCCCAAACGUUUCAUGCCAUUUGUUGGAGAGACUAGUAAAUGAUCUGUCACUUAUUGGAGACGCAAUGUAAUUCCCCACUAGGCCAUCAGUACUCCAAGAGAUAAAAGCAAUGAGUUUCCUGUGAAUUUGGAUAAAACCCCCGCUCCACAGGUUGGGAACCACUGGAGUGUAGUGAACUCACAUAAUAUAUUGUCCUCUGGACAAUGUUAUUUAUUAUUAAUCAUUUUUUUCUAAUGAUUUGUGAUGAUGCUGGAUUUUCUGUGAAUAAUGAUCUAAUUACUGUUUUAAGUCUUAAAGCAGCCAAAAGAGCCUUUGACCUUUACACUGUAAUUGCAUAAGGGAUCAGUGUUGAACUACCAUACGUGUUAAUAGUGAGCAAUCUCUCAGGCAUGAACGUGAUUGAUGUGCCAGUAGAUCUAGAGCAAGAUUACGGUUGUUCAGGAUUUCAUUACUUGCUGACUUGAUAUGAUUGAGAUACGCUUAAGUAUGCUUUUAUUUUGCGUUUUGAGAUUGAUUCUUGGGCUCAGGUGUCAAUGAUUUUUGAUCACUAGUAGUAUUCUGUGGUAUGUAUAGAUAUGUGCUUUUGUUUAUGGAAUGUUUUUUUUAUUAUUACUGGUAUGGCUUGAUGUAUUCCAGACCAAUACAUCAUGUGUUUCAGAUCAAGUUCAUCCCAUACAUAUACUCCCAAGAAUCUAAAACAUGGUGUCUUAAAUCAUGAAAUGGCCUUUCCAGAAAGUAGCCCAAGUGUGUGUCCAUGUUCCUCUAAGGAUGAAGACUGAUAUUCCAGAAAUUCCAAAAAUGUUCAUUGCCCAGUCAACUGGUGGACUCAACGUGUGAUCUGUUAGCAUUAUACUAUGUACUUUUCAUCCUCACAGCAAUGCAUAGUGAAACAGCUAUAGUCAAGUGAUACUGGACAGUGUUGUACUGUAAUCAUCUGGACCUCAAGGACCAGAAAAAUAGCUCCACCUAGUGGCAAUUUUAUUCAUGUGUGAAAUCAACAGGUGCUAGAUCAAUGGGCCUACAGGCCGACCACAGUGCAUAAUGCUAGUAACCCCAUAAGUUAAUUUAAUUGCUUGGAGCAACUGAACUGCUAACCAAAAAUUACAACAACUUUUAGCCCAUUAGGAUUUAGGCUAACUAACUCUGCAUACUGCGCACUGCAACCUUGGCCAAUAAACACGAUUAACAAGAGUGCCCUU